UAACCCCAGACCACAUGGCUUCUCUAUCGCCGCGAGGGCUCCAACUCCUCGGGAAAUCGCAUAAAUUCGCAAACUAUGUUUGUCCAAAAUGUUCGACGUUCUCUACAUACCGAACCCUUCAGUCGGGACAUAAUAGAUGGAGCAAAAUCAAGCACGACAAGGCCGGUGUGGAUGCGAAGAAGCAUGUCUUGAGAUCUAUGCUUUCUCGUGAUAUAGCUCAAGCAUCCAAAUUGUACGGAGCCGAUCCUCGAACAAAUCCAACGCUAGCAAAUGUUUUAGUCCAAGCAAAGAAAGCUGGCUUCCCUAAAGCUUCGCAAGAAGCUGCCAUUGCCCGCGGACAAGGCCAAUCAGCUUCCGGCGCUUCGCUCGAGUCUGUAACGAUAGAAGCGAUCAUGCCGCCGUCAAUCGCAAUAGUUAUUGAUGUCGAAACAGACAAUAAAGCACGCGCGUUACAAGAGUUACGGCAUGAAGUCAAGAGAUACGGUGGAACCGUGACUCCGACGAGCUAUUUGUUUAAACGCCGAGGAAGAGUACAAUUUGAAAAGGACGAGAGAGGGCUGGGGGUGGAUGAAGUUCUGGACGAAGCUAUCGAAGCUGGCGCUGACGAUGUUGAGGUAGACGAUGAUGGAAACCUCAUUGUUUGGACUGAUCCCAGCGGAACUAUUGGAGCCGCAAGAUCCUUGGCCGAAAGUUUCAAGCUGACGAUAGAGAGCUCGGAUAUCCUAUGGGACCCGAACGAGGAUACUAUGGUCCCACUCGAUUCUGAGAGUGCCCUUUCUUCACUGAAGAACCUGGUCAACGCACUCCAAGAAGACCAAAGUGUUCAAGGAAUCUACGUUAACAUAUCCCAAGGCGAAGUAAGCGACGAGGCCUGGGCGGAAUUGCAGGAGAAGGUUCCGGUGUAGAGUUUGUGAGACAGGAGCGUCGUCGGACCUCAGUCUGUUCCCAUUACUGUAUUAUAGAGCCACUAACACCAUUGUAUAAGUAUAUACUGUAUUUGUACACAUGAUAUUCAAC